CUUCUAUUUCGUUUACAAGAUUACGACUGACCGGCAUAUCUGAUAAAAAUCGUUGGUUUGCAACAAGUGCACGCGGAGAUAACUCGGUCAUUACUCUGUUAAAACGUCUGCGCGAGGAGACCCAAGUGUCUAUCACAAAAGCAAAAGAAGCUUUACAACUUAAUGAUAACAAUUACGAUAAAGCGCUAGAAUGGUUGUUAGAAGAUGCUAAACGUAGUGGCGCAACAAGGGCAGAGAAGGUGAAAGGACGCAUCGCAAAAGAAGGAUUGAUUGGAAUUGCAUUAAGAGAAGGAGGAGGGGCCAUAGUUGAGGUAAACAGUGAGACUGAUUUUGUCUCGAGAAACACAAUAUUUCAGGAUUUAGUUACUCGCAUCGCAACAACGGCUCUAUUUCUUUCAUCCGACUUGUCACCUCGAGCUGCACGCCCGCGCAUUACCGAUAUUCCUCUCUCUUUCCUCGAAUCGAGCCCACUUCUUCCUCACCCAUCAACGACAACGGCUGCUUCAGCGCCAUCAAUAACAGUAGCAGAAUCUAUAGUCGAUACUAUUGGUAAUUUAAAAGAAAAUAUUAAUUUGAGAAGAGCAGCCGUGGUCGACGGUGAAGGAGCUAUUGUAGGUGGAUACGUUCAUGGAGGAGGAGAGUCAUGGACAGGAAGGUAUGGCGGCCUGGUUGUUUUCGGUGCAGAUGGCGGUGGUCUUGAAUCUAAAGCGGGUGAAGAUAUCAAAAAGCUUGCUCGUGGUUUAGCAAGACAAGUUGUAGGUUUAAAUCCGGAAUACAUUGACGAAGCGAGUGUUAAGCACAUUCCAGAUGACGUGGACAAACAUGAAUAUCUUGCAGAGGCUGUAUUAUUAAAUCAGGGUUACUUACUAGGUGGAGGCUCUGUCAGCCAAAUCUUGCAAAAGGCAGGGGAGGGCUUGGGUGGUGUGAAAUUCAGUAUCUUUGAUUUUGUUAGGUGGGAAUGUGGUGAGGGAAUAGAAAAACCAUUGGAAGAUUUUGCAACAGAGGUUAUGAAACAGGCAAAUCUCCCUCCAAGUCACUAA